UGACGUAAAAUGAUAUAAAAAAUAUAAAUAAAAACAAGGUUGAAAUUUUCUUUGGAUAAUUCAAUUUCUUAAUUCUGAAAUGGAAAAAGGCAAAGGUCGCAUCUUUGAGAGAACUUUGAGUAUAUAGCGCUAAUCAUUUCAAUUUCUGAUCAUCUAUCAAUUAAAUAAAAAUGUAUAAUGUUCUGGGUAAACAGUUUCUAACGAAUCCAUUCACUAAAACGUUUAAAAAAAUAGCUCGGGCUUCUUUUUCUACUUUAGUGGAAACCUUCAAUUCCAAUUCACCACAAAAUAAAGUUCUGGGAAGGGAAUCAACUGGAUUAUUCAAUGUUUCAGAGUUGAACACAUCAUUUGGGUUUUUAAAAUUGCAGACGCAAUGUGUAAGCAAAAUUCAAGAAUUAAUCGAAGAAGCACUAGAUUCAUCCAGAAAAAGGAAAAUGGUUGAAAUUUUCGAUGAUAUGUCUGAUUCCCUUUGUAGAGUAGCUGAUUUGGCAGAAUUCAUUAGACUGGCACAUCCUGAACCUCAGUAUAGGCAAGCUGCUGAAAAGGCUUGUUUGACUAUAAGUGAAAUUGUCGAAGAGCUAAACACUAAUAUAAGAUUAUAUGAUAAUUUGAAGCAAAGUGUUACCAAAGGUGAUGUUGAAAAAACUACAGAAGUGGAUGACCUAGUAGGGGAAUUAUUUUUAUUUGAUUUUGAACAAAAUGGUAUACAUUUGCCAGAAAACCUUAGGAAUAAAGUGGUAUCCUUGAAUAACUCUAUUCUUAAUUUUGGCCAACAAUUUGUUGCUGGAAGUGAUUCACCUAGAAUUAUUAAAAAGUCAGAAGUACCACCUCUUUGCCAGAACUCAUUCAUUUCUGAUGGGGAGGACAUUAUAGUUUCAGGAUUGUAUGUGGAUUCAAUGAAUCCUAUGAUACGUGAAAUGGCUUAUAAAAUAUACUAUUAUCCUGAUAAACAUCAGGAAUUCCUUUUGGAAAACUUAACUGCCGCUCGUUAUAACUUAGCAAGAAUUUGUGGAUUCAAUUCAUAUGCAGAAAGAGCUCUGAGAGGGGGAACUCUAGAUGAGACUACCGAUGUUAUGAAGUUUUUAGAUAGAACAUCAGACAACAUAAAAGAAUUUUCCAACUUGGAGUUUCAGUUGAUGAAGACAAUGAAAGAAGCAGAAAAUAUAGCUUGUAAAGAAGUGAAUGUUUGGGAUGUGCCUCAUUAUAUAAUGAAAGUUAAGAAAGAUUGGUUCAGAGUCUCUCAGGAAGAAUUUAGUUCCUAUUUUUCACUCGGCGCUUGUAUGGAGGGACUCAAUACAAUCUUUAAAAAUUUAUUCGGAAUCACGCUAGUGAAUUGUCAAAUUGCUAACGGUGAAUGUUGGUCAAGGGAUGUAUAUAAGUUAGCUGUAAAGCAUGAAAAUGAGGGCAUUCUCGGUUAUAUUUACUGUGAUUUCUUCGAAAGACCUGGUAAACAAAACCAAGACUGUCAUUUCACAAUACAAGGAGGCAGAGAACUGAAAGAUGGUUCAUACCAGAUACCUAUUGCUGUCUUGAUGUUGAAUUUCAGACCACCCACCUGGGGAAUGCCCUCAUUACUGACCCCACAUAAUGUAGAUAAUUUAUUUCAUGAAAUGGGACAUGCAAUGCAUUCUAUGCUAGCCAGAACAAAGUAUCAACAUGUAACAGGCACAAGAUGCAGUACUGAUUUUGCCGAAGUUCCAUCAGUUCUAAUGGAAUACUUUGCCUCAGAUCCUAGAAUAAUUAGACUUUUUGCAAAACAUUAUGAAACAAAUGAACCCAUUCCCGAAGAAAUGCUCCAAAGGCUUUGCGCAUCUAAAAAAGUUUUUAUGGCAUGUGAGACUAAGAUGCAGAUAUUUUAUUCGGCACUCGACCAGUUUUUCCAUGGCGAAAACCCGGAUUUUGAAAAUAGUAAAAGAAUCAUAGCAGAUCUUCAUGAAAGAUAUUAUGGGCUCAAACAAGUUCCGAAUACGGCCUGGCACCUUCGUUUCAGCCACUUGUUUGGCUAUGGAGCCAAAUAUUAUUCUUAUUUAGUAUCCCGUGCCAUAGCUUAUUCCAUAUGGCAGAACUAUUUCAAGAAGGAUCCUCUUGAUAGAAAUAAUGGCGAAAGUUAUCGAAGGGAAUGUUUGGCUCAUGGAGGUGGUAGAAACCCAAAGAAACUUGUAACAGAUUUCUUAAAGAUUAAAGUAUCGCCUGAAGCUUUGGCUGAUUCUUUAAUCACGGAAAUUGAACAAAAUCACAAUACAUUAAUGACUUAUAGUAAAAUGUACAAUAAUAAAUAAUCAUCUCUUCAUGACCUUAGGUAUUGUAUUAUUUUAUAUUGAAGAUUAUUAUGUUGUUAUGUUUCCCUCUCGAAAUUAUAAAACUGUAUUUAUAACUGA